AUGUCCAGAUCCGGCUACGACGCAGUCGUAGACGUCGACGACGAGGGCGACCUAGGCCACACCGACCUCCAAGAAGAUCUCGAAUUCCACCAAUCCAACUUCUCCGAAUCCUCCCCCCUCGGACGCAAAGGAACCAAAUCCACCCAACACACUUCGUCCACCACUGGCGGCGGCGGCUUGCUUCCGGCACCCGUAACCGCUUCUUCGAAUUCUAACUCCGGCUCCGGAGGAUCCGGCAAGCGGUUCCUCUGGACCUUAUCCUUCUACGCGCAGUUCUUUGACGUCGACACGUCUAGCGUGCUGCAGCGGUGCUGGGCGGCGCUCUACCCGCGGGCGAACUUUUUGGAUGUGCUGGAGGGAAACCCGGAUCUGUAUGGGCCGUUUUGGAUCGCGACGACGGUGGUGUUGAUUUUGUUCCUUGGAGGGACGAUUAGUGAUUAUUUGGCGCAGACGGGGAAGGAGGCUUUUGCUUAUGAUUUUCGAUUGUUGAGCGGUGCCGCUGGUCUCAUCUACGGCUACACAUUCGUCCUGCCCGUUGCUUUGUACCUCGCCCUGCGGUACUUUGGAUCCGAAUCCGCCAACUUGCUCGAGUGCUGGGCUUUGUACGGGUAUGCCAACCUCAUUUGGAUUCCCGUGGCGCUGAUUAGCUGGUCGCCGAUUACGAUCCUUAACUGGGUGUUUGUGGGCGUUGGGUUCGGCGUGUCGGUUGCUUUCCUGCUCAGGAACCUCUAUCCUGUGCUCAGCGCUACGGAUCGCCAGACAAGCAAGGUGUUGCUGUUUGUGGUGGUGGCGCUGCACUUUGGCUUGGCUCUGGCCAUCAAGGUGCUCUUCUUUGCGCAUGGAAGUCCGGCGUUGAAGGAUGGACCGAAGGGAGCUGCUCCUGGUGGCGGUGGGGAUGCGAAGCCUGCUGAUCCGGCUAUGAUGAUGAUAUUCUAG